CAUGUAGAGGGACGUCUGAUGUCGUUUUUGUGAUUGAUUCAUCUGGUAGUGUUGGAGAAGAAAACUAUAAAUUCAUUAGGGAUUUCAUUGUGAAUAUAGCAUUUACACUAGACAUCAGUUCGAAUCAGACCAGAGUGGCUGCAAUUAUAUUCCAUAAUGAGGCUGAAGUAAUAUUCCAUUUGAAUAGAUACACAAAUCGAGAAGAUGUAAUUUCUGCUCUGCGUAACCUACCUUAUAACGCAGGGUCCACUGCCACAAAAGAGGGUCUAGAAAGUCUAAUGAGUGACAUGUUCCAAGAGGCAAAUGGUGAUAGAAGUAACGUUCCAGAUAUUGCUAUAGUGGUUACCGAUGGAGCUGCAAAAACUGGGAAUCCGAUACCAGCAGCAAACGCAGCUAAAGCUGCCGGUGUUGAAAUGUUUGCUAUUGGAAUAAAAACAGCGGAACUUAACAUAGAGGAAGUAAAUGGCAUAGCUAGCGAACCAACAGACAUUUAUGCAUCAGUUGUUGACGAUUUCUCAGGUUUAUCAACGAUAGCAGAAACCAUUGCUGAGAAGUCAUGCAUCCAAACAAUAAGUAUGUCAACAACAUAUAGUAAAUAUUUAACACGUUUCUUAUCC